AUAGUUAUGCACGGACCGCCUUCUUAAGAGUCAUUCAAGGCAGGGUUAAAAAGACCAUACGGCACUGUUGAACGGCCACAAAAAAGGGAAGCGAGCGAGGUAUUUCUGAAUUUUGUGUACAAGUCCUGACACAUUCAGAACCAAAGAUAUCCAUAACACAGAAUCAGCCAUGAAUCUGAAUUUGCUGUGGAUUUUGCUACUUGGGAUUUAUGUGCAGCAAUCAGCUUCACAGAUGGUGCAGUGCUUUUCAGCAUUUUCCAUAUCCACCGGGAAGUGUGCUGAUCUUUUAGGUGAGGUUGAAAAAGAUUUUUGUUGCGUAAACCCCAGCUAUGGCUUCACUGGAGCAGACGGAGUUUGUAAGAGCUGUGGGCGGGCGGCAUGGAGCGAAUGGUCAAGCUGGAGCGAGUGCUCAGUGAGUUGUACUGAGGGAGUUACUCAAAGGCGACGGUUUUGUUAUGGAAUCGGUAACUGUUUAGACCCUGAGGAUUGGGGAACUAUUCAAACUAAACCAUGUGUGAAAAAAGACUGCUGCCCAGAGGAUGGUGGCUGGUCUAAGUGGGGGAACUGGCAGCCAUGUUCAGUUACGUGUCAAAAAGGACAAAAAAAAAGGCAAAGAGUCUGUUCUAACCCGGCUCCAAAAUGUGGAGGCUCCUGUUCUGGCGAAGCGCAAGAAAUUGACUCUUGUUCCGUUGACACAAUCUGUCCAACUCAUGGAGCGUGGUCCAAUUGGGGAAAUUGGGGUCCCUGCCCAGUUACUUGUAUCGAGGAAGGACGUAGAACCCAAAAAGAAAUUCGUACAAGGACGUGCACCAAUCCCUCUCCGUCCACCGUUCCACCUGGCAGAUUUUGCGAGGGUUCCGAAAAAGACACCCGCCCUUGCAGUGGACUGCCUUUUUGCCCAGUCGAUGGAAGCUGGGGCUCCUGGUCAGGUUCCUCACCCUGCUCUGUGACUUGUGGAGUGGGCCGACAGAUGCAGUCACGGACAUGUGAUUCUCCAAGCCCCAAACAUGGUGGCAAACCGUGUCAUGGUGAAGAGCAAAAAUUUGACCUCUGCAGGACUUUAGCCAAGUGUCCAAUACAUGGGAUGUGGACAGAAUGGAGUGAGUGGAGUAAUUGUAAAUCGCCUUCCACUAGAAAAAUCACAUGCAGAACCAGGGAGGGAACCCGAAGGAAAUUACGGGACUGUGUUGGUACAGAACACGAAGGAAAACUCUGUGAUGGAGAAAUUGUUGAACAUGGCAGCUGCUAUGACAUUGAUGAGUGUGAUAUGAAAGGCAUCCUGUCCGAGUGGAGCGAGUGGAGUUACUGCAAACCUGACUGUGGACAAGACUCCAAACAAACCAGAAGCAGAAAAUGUGUUCCUGACAUUUCUGAAUACCAAUCUGAUGACUACAGUCUUUUCUAUGGGAAGCCGGUCAUUAAUUGUGAGAAAGUGAAGGAUGAAACCGAAACAAGACUAUGCAAAAAUGUCCCUCAGUGCUAAGACAAGUUUUUCAGGAUGAGCACAGAAGAUGGUGAAGAUAAAAGGACCAGUUGCUGUAGACGGUAAACUCUCCAGCAGGAGGAAGAAACUUUAAAGGGAUAGUUCACCAAAAAUGACAAUUUAUUCACUUUUUACUCACCUUCAAGUGGUUCCAAAAUGUGUAAGAUAAUAUUUUGAAGAAAGAUGAAAACACAUCCAUGGUAGGAAAACAAACACCAUGGAAGUUAAAGGUGCAGUAGGUGAUCUGCCUAAAUGCUAUCUGUUCCCAUAAUAUCUUUGAAAACAUGAUCCCUCCCCUGCUGUCCAAAGCCACGCCUCCUGAAAUCACAAACACACACACAUUACAGAUGACAGAGAACCACUAGAUCAUGUCAUUUGCCAGUUAGAACAUUUUAUAGUACUUUAUAAUACUAUAAUCCGAAUGAAAAACUGUAACUGUUCAAAUUACACCAGAGUUACUGACCACUACUCUAUUUCAUUUUGAAAUUUAUUCCCACUCCGCAAGAAAUCUGGUUGGGUCCCGCGGCUCCUGUGGAUUGCUGGUCUCACUCCCUCACGCGAUUUGUCCUAAAGCGACUACUUAGUGGUUGGCCAGCAGACUGAAGGAAUUACACUUGUUACUAAGCCAUACUUGCAUGCUAUUUCAGACCGACUAUUCAGUGUAGAAUGGUGAACAAUAUAGGAGGAGCAUCACAGGUUGUCAUUGUUAAAAAAUGAACCAAUGUGAAUACUAAAUCAACUUCACCUCAGUAAAGCAGGCUAGGCCAAAUAGCGCUAUCUACUUAUGUUUUGUUGUUAAACUAAAUAAAAAUCUACAUUAUUGAUGCUGUUAAAGGUCCCUUAUAAGGAUUUCAGUGGCUGAACAACACUUCUGUGCAUUUAACCCAUUUGUAAAACGCCACAAUCUACAUCAGCUUUGCGUGACUAAAAUAUAAGUUUUUAAACAUAACAUUACCUGUCUAAAAAGAAAUACUUCAGCCAUGGUGUCGUCCUUCCUACAGCAUGCAAAACUAACUCCAAUAUUGAUUCAGUAUUAGUUUUUACCACUCUCUCUCUCUCUCUCUCUCUCUCGUGUGCAGGUGAACGGCCAAAGGCAGAUCUGCAUGAACAGCUGUGCAGUUGUACAAAUCUACAUUAGCUGACAGACAGUUUGGGCUACUUAUCAGAAUUAUGGGAAUUAUCAGCCAGACAAUAUGUAUUUAAAUGAACAUUUUUUUAGUCUUAUGCCUUACCCAGAAUAUAAAAAUACAUAUAAAUACAUUUAGAUCAUUUCCUUUAAUAAUUACUAUUGGAAUGUGAAGAGACUUUCAACCAGCACAAAAAAAAAAAAUGUUUCUGAAGACAUUCACUUACUGCACCUUUAAUAGUUACUGGUUUUAAGUUUUCUUCAAAUGUUAUCUUCUUUUGUGUCCAACUCUGAUAAUAGAUUUUUUCCGUUUUUUGGUGAAUUUCCUUUUAACAUGCCCGUCUGUAGAAAUAUACUAUCAACAGAAAAAUACUUGCUUUGUUAGCCUUAUUUGUUAAAUGGAUUGAAUUUGUUGCUGGAUAAGGCGCUAUGUUGUGAACUCUGCCUUACUGCCAUAAUAAAGUAUUAAUGCAAUA